CUUUAGUUACCGUGAUCAGCUGUCAGAAGUUGUUUGUCGCGGAAAAUAUUUUUUUUAUUAUUGAAAAUAAUGCAACAUUGAUAAUGUCGUUAUUAUUAACAAAGCAAAUGCUGACUAUUCCUGGGUGGAGGAUUGAACAACGAUAUUCGCCAGGUGUUUUAAUAGGAAAUUGGUCCGAAGAAAGACACAGGUAUGCAAAACAGAGAUACCACCACAACAGCACUCACAGAACUGAUUUCAGAAACUACGGCAGCAGUAAACCAGAUGUCAUCAUACGGCGAGCAGGGGAACUGAGAAACGAGGGCUUGAGUCGGAAGCAUCUCCUGAACCACCAUGACGGAAACAAAUACUCCAGCAAUAUGGUGUCCAGUUAUGACGAGCAUUUCAAUGGCAGGUGGAAGGAGAAUCCCAAGUUGACUAGGAUGAGAACGUGGAAUGGUCAAAGACUUCAGUGGGCCCCAGAGAAGUCCGAUUUUCCAUUACUCCAUGAACCAACAAAUUUUGGACUGUGGACCGAAAAGCAAAAGAAAUGGGAAAUGCCGAUGGAACAAACACAGCUGGGAGAUUAUAAUACUACAUACGAAGUAUCGUAUACAGAAUUGCCGUUUCAAGUACUUGCUAAAGAGCGGUGUGCCAACCCAAAAGCGCAGUCAUCAACAUUGCACAAAUACAAUCACACAAACGAGAAUCUCAAUUUGAGAAAUGUCACAGCUCUUAAGUUGCCAGAGAAGGUUGAAAACAAGCUGGUAGAGGUCUCCUGUUGAUUACAUCUUCUGAUAAGUAAUUCUCUUCAACCUGCCAUCAGCAGGCCUAUGUGGGUCAUGUAUGUUUUGUUCAUUUGACAAAAAAGGUUACUUUGCAAAUAUAGAGUUAAACUUCUCAAAGGAAAAAACAUUACACAUUUUCUACAUUUGUUGUUAAUGCCUAGUGUAUCCAGUCCUCAAGUCAUAUGAUUAUUUGACAGCUCUCAAAACAUUGUACAAUCUGACAGUUCUCAAAACAUACUGUAGAAUUUGACAACUCUCAAACCAUAUUGUAGAAUCUGACAUCUCAUAAAACAUACUGUAGAAUCUGACAGUUUGCAAAACAUACUGUAGAAUCUGAAAGCUGGUAGAACAUAAUGUACACUCUGACAGCUCUCAAAACAUAUUGUAGAAUUUGAUAGUUCACAAAACAUAUUGUAAAAUCUGACAAUUCACAAAACAUUGUAAAAUCUGACAGUUGGCAAAGCAUACUGUAGAAUCUGACAGUUCACAAAACAUAAUGUAAAAUCUGACAGCUCGCAAAACAUACUGUAGAAUUUGACAGCUCGUGAAACAUACCAUAACAUCUGACAACUCUCAAAAUAUAUUGUAGAAUUUGACAGCUCGCAAAAACAUACUGUAAAAUCCAUAAGUGUACAAGAUGGGGGCACAGGGUGGGAGGUGGGGGCAACUGCCCCCUAGUCCUGGAGCAAAACUUAAAAUAUGGGUAAAAAUGAUACAGAUAUUCAGGCAAAAAUGAUACAGAUAUUCAGGCAAAAAUGAUACAGAUAUUCAGGCAAAAAUUACACAGAUAUUCAGGUAAAAAUUACACAGAUAUUCAGGCAAAAAUGAUACAGAUAUUCAGGCAAAAUGUGCUAAUCUGAGAUCUUUUUACCAUGUAUUUUCAUCAUUCUACCCUCACAAUUAGUUGUAUUCCAUGUAAAAAUGCAUA